AUGAUUACAUCAUUUCCGGCCGGCCGGUCGCAGAACUAGAAAGAAGACAACAUGAGCGCCACAAAGGCUCCAGAUAAGGAAGGUUCCUCGGACCAGACCACCCCCUCGGUCACCCCCACACCACCGUCAUCAUCUUCGCCACCCCUGCUGCUGCGGAAGGAGAGCUGUGGGGACCUUCAGUCUCGACUCAAGACGCGCAAGAUGCUGGGGGUGGGGGAGGAUGAUGAUGGUGAGAUCCACCGCUCCAAGAUUAGCCAGAUCUUGGGUCGAAGCGAACAUCUAAAAACACGACUACCCCCUGGACUGAGGACUUGGCAGGUUCUGUCUGCAGCUACCAUCACAGCUCUGGCCUUAACGAUGUUAGUGUUCCCUGACACGGCUACCCAGACCGUCCUGUCCACCAGUGUGGCAGAUGUCCGCACCGGCAGCUGCAGCUCUCUACAUGGACGCCUGCAUGGAACUGCACUGGCCGCGGUGGCACUUCUGUUGUGGAGUGCUGCAGCUGCACCAGAGAAACUGCUCAUCAGGUGGGGACUAUUAAUGGAGGCCAGUUUCCUGCUGUUCCAGGCUGUAGCUACAGAGAUGUCAGUGUGGGGUGAGGCAGAGCGGCCGACCGUGUCCUGGGCUCCGGUGGUCCAGACGGCGCGACUGCUGGGCGCCAUGACAUCCAUGGUGUUCUACCGCCUGACUGGUGCGCCGCCACGCAAACCUGGCGCCAUCAGGGACAACCAGGACUAGGCCACACCAAUUUGAUUUGUUGGUUCUUGGAUUUUUUGAGAACAAGACUGGCAAUGAAAACAUACAUU